ACCAUAGUACUGAGCGACAUCAUAAGAUAUGUGAUGAAGUAUAGAUUUAAAUCUAAUCGAUUUUGAUAGUGUCCGUAACCCGGAUUUGAGGGCUGCUUAGCGCUGCGGACAAGCCAUAUCUCAUUGUUUCACAGGUUGCCCACGCGCUGCUUCUUUGUAGUUAUUACAACUGCACCUCCGGCUGAAUUACGCGACCUCACGGCAUAGUGCCUUGUUGUGAGCCUCCACGGAGCUUCCUUAGCACAAAGCUCGCAGACGGGAGCACGUCUUAAAAUGUAUCCGGUAGCCAUAGCCCUACGUAUCAUGAUGUAGUGCCUAAGGAAACUGUGAAAGAACCGUAGCAAUUCCGUGGCAUUAAGCGGCGAAACCAGCCUUCACGAGUGGACUGCAGCGGCGUCUUUCGAAAAACACAGCAUCGGUGCUAGCUUUUCCGCGAACGCUCGUCUAAGCGGGCCUCGGCCUUGGAGACAUGGCGCCCUCAGAUGGAGGCAUGGAGGCGAGCAGGCGCAUGCAUGAAUAUCUGCUAUCCAAACAGCGAAAGCAGGAAGAAUUCUGGCUCCGAAAAUACGGCAAAGUCCUACAGGCUCCGCCUCCCAGCGUCGGCAAGCCAACCGGCAACCCGCGCCUGCCUCCUCUAGGCGCAUCGUCCUCCGAGCGCAGCACUGGCGCAGGAGAGUCCAGCAGUGGUGCUGUCAAUCAGAUGCUCCCCCUGCAAGGCUCCCAGGCGCAGCUACCUGGCAUGCUCCCGCACCACCACCCGCGCCAGCCCAAGGGGCAAGCACCCAUCUUCCAUGCCAAGGAGCCCGUUAAGGACUUUUUCACUCGCAACGCUGCUGCUCGUCCACCGCUGGCGCCGUCGGGGUCCGCAGUUAUUGGAGAGGAGUACGGCAGUGUUGUACCAGCAAACCGGCCACCGGAGCCGUACAGGAAAGGGGGUCGACCGGGACAUCUACCCCCGCUGGAGGAAGCAAGCGGCAGCGGUGCGGCUCGCGGUUCACAAUCGCAAGCACCGCCGCCAUUACCCCCCGGCAUGGAGCCCAUGAGUGAUGACACAUCAGAAGCCUCGACUCAGGGCCCGCAACAGCAGCAGUCGCAGCAAUCACAGCAGCAACAGUACGGCAACGCGUACGAACAGCAGUACGGUCAGUACGAGCAAGGCUCCGAAGCCGCUCCUUCUGCUUUCUACUCUCAGCAACAGCAGCAGCUUCUACAGGGCAAGCUGCAACAGCAACCGGGGCAGAUGCAGCAGCAACAGCAACAGGGCCAAAAAGGAGGGUACCAGAUUCGUGUGCCGCCGUAUGCGGCAGGCAGCAAUCCCGACGGCCCCAACCGUACGGGCGCCUUCCCUGGUCGGCUGCCGCCGCUGCAGCACGAGCACUCGGCCUCCUCAAAGGGCUUCAGCCAGAACGGCGCCAACCAGGGCUCACCCCAUGGCGCCUCCCCUCACGGAAACAACCACGGCAACAAGCCGCUGCGAAACCUCGAACUGGAGCUGGCAGUUAUCAAGGCCAUCAAGGCUCGCGAGGACGUCCUGGAGCGGCUGCGUAUCGCGGGCGGCAAGCUGGACAGCGGGUUUGGCGGCGUUGCGCCCGUGGUGCUGUCGCCGGUGGACCCGCUGGUGCGGCUGUUCUACCGGCUGGUGGCCACACUGCGGCAGCGCACGCUGGAUGCGGUGGAGGCGAUUGCGGCGUGGAGGAGGAAGGUGAGCCCCACCGACCCCUUCAUUUAUUUUGGCGUGGACUACCUGGCCGCCAUAGGGCCCGACACCUGCUUCCUGGACGAACUGCCCUUCCUGCGCUCGCGCCUCACAUUCGGCAAGGCAGCCGACGACCCCUUCCUAGCGGAAGUCACCCCCGACGGCAUCCCCAUUGAGGAGGCCACCACAUGCGAC